AUGCUUGGAGAGAACUUGAGCAGAGUUAAAUUCCAGGAGUUUGUGAACUACAAAAUUGAAGAAUUGGCUGCAGCAACAGGAAACUUCGUGGUUACAUGGCUCCUGAAUAUGCAAUGGAAGGGCUUUUUUCGGAAAAAUUAUGUCUUUAGCUUCGGCAUCUUAUUACUGGAGAUCAUAAGUGGAAGACAGAACACCAUUUUUCAUGAGGAAGAUCAAUGCUUGAGCCUUCUAGGACUGGCAUGGAAGUUAUGGAAUGAAGACAAUGUAUUAGCACUAGUGGACCCAAACAUACCUGUGACAUGCUUUGAGGUUGAGCUUUUAAGGUGCAGAAAUGUGGGGCUUCUUUGUACACAAGAAAGGGCAAAAGAUAGGCUUUCCAUAUCAACUGUUAUUUCAAUGAUCAACAGUGAAAUUGCGGAUCUUCCUCGUCCGAAGCAACCUGCAUUCACCGCGAGGAAACUAACAAGACACAGAUUCCUCUGGACAAAGCCAAAAGACAUGCUCGACCAAUGA